AAGACAUAAAAUCCAACAUAGCGCACUCACAGACACACUCACUCUUUCAACGCUUCACUCACUCUCCGACCAAAAUGCCGAUCAACACCGAAUCUACGCCGCCGCCGGUGAUCGGAAAAAUCGGCCCCUACACCGUUUUCAUGACGCCGCCCUCGACGCCCAAACCCUCCGAGUCAGACGCCGUUCCCACCACCAAGAUCGCCCCUCCGCCGCCUCAGAUUCCGAAAACCGUUCCUUCCCCCAAACCCCUCUCCGAUUCCGACGAUUCUUCCGUUUUUGGCCUCUUCAGGAACGCCGUUACCAAGGUCCAAACCGCCCACUCAAGUUUGGAUGAUCAUUUGGCACGUUGGUUUGGAUUGAAUCAGUCAAAGUAUCAAUGGGCUCUUGAUGAUUAUUAUGAGAGCAAGGGAAUGGAAAAAGGAGACAUUAAAGUGAAAGAAAUAUCAAGCAAAGUACAGAAUGUUUGACUUGCCUAGAGUUGGUGGAUUAUUCAAAAGUGAGGUGUGAAGACUCUUGCUUUGAGUAUAUUUAUACUUUUGUAUUUACAUGUGGAGUAGAAUGAAUGCGUCUGAUAUGUCAAAGAGUUAUUUGAUCUACAUCCAUUGAUAUGAUUCGAUGGUUAUUUUCCAACUCCUGCAGUUGAGUUUGAUUAUUGGACAGUCUCUACCCCUGUAAUCUAAUUACCAAGUUGUUUUCUGGGGGCAAAUGUUUUGUUGUAGUUUCGGUCAUGUUUUUGGGCUUCUCAUGAUGGCAGGGUUGUCUCCUAAGCAUUUUGUCUGCCUUAUUCUGAGGAGUAAACUCUGCGAAAAGGCGAAAAGUCCUAUGCAAUUUUAUUUCAAGCGAUAGUGAUUAAUUAUUUAAAAAA